GGUGACGCACGGUGACGUCACGCGGAGCCGCCAUGCUGUCCCGGCUGCUGCGGGAGCACCAGGCCCGGCAGAGCGAGCGGCGGGAGCUGCAGGAGCGGCGCCGUCGGGAGGCGAUCGCCGCCGCCACGCGGCUGACGGAGGCGUUGGUGGAUCACCUGAACGUGGGUGUGGCCCAGGCCUAUGUCAACCAACGCAAGCUGGACCAGGAGGUGAAGACCCUGCAGGCUCAGGCAGCUCAGUUUGCCAAGCAGACGGGGCAGUGGAUCACCAUGGUGGAGAACUUCAACCAGGCCCUCAAGGAGAUUGGCGACGUGGAGAACUGGGCGCGCAGCAUCGAGCUGGACAUGAGGACCAUUGCAACAGCCCUGGAGUACAUCUACAAGGGGCAGCUGCAGCCUGCCUGCUCCUGAGCCCCCCCCCCCCCUUCCACCACGGGACCCCCCCUCCCCUCCCUCUGGAGCAUGGGGACCCACCCGAGCAGAAUAAAACCGCAGUGAGGAGUGGCGUGGCCCCAGCUGCCCCCCCCCUAAGCCCCCUCAUCCUCUUUAAUGCUAAA